AUGAAUACACCAGUUUUCGUUUUAAAUACAAAUGCAAAGCGUGAGAAUCAAAAAGAAGCACAACAAGGUAUAUUUUUAGCAGUUAAAGCAGUUGCUAGUAUUGUUCGUACUUGUUUGGGACCAAAGGCAAUGUUAAAGAUGAUUUUGGAUCCAAUGGGUACUACUGUUGUCACCAACGACGGUAAUGCAAUUCUUCGUGAGAUCGACGUCACUCAUCCAGCUGCCAAAUCGAUUAUCGAGUUGUCACGUGCACAAGAUGAGAAUGUCGGUGACGGAACUACAUCGGUGGUCAUCUUGGCCAGCGAGGUACUCACCUCUUCGGAGCCAUUGAUAGAGAAACGCAUUCAUCCAACCACCAUCAUCAAGGCUUUUCGUAUGGCAUUGGACGAUGCCCUCACCUACAUGGAUCAAUACUCUUUGAAAAUCGACACAAAGAAUCGUCAGGAACUCCUCAAGGUCAUCCAAUCUUCCAUCGGUACUAAAUUCAUCAACAAAUGGAGCAAGCUCAUGUGCGACCUCUCAUUGGAUGCCGUCUUGACCGUUCACACUCGUCAAGAUGAUCGUGAAGAAAUCGAUAUUAAAAGAUAUGUUAAAGUUGAAAAGAUUCCAGGUGGUGAUGUAACAGAAUGUAGAGUAUUGAAGGGAGUUUUAUUAAACAAAGACGUCACUCAUGCAAAGAUGAAAAGAAUGAUUAAGAAUCCAAGAAUCGUUUUGUUGGAUUGUGCUUUGGAAUAUAAGAAGGGUGAAUCAGAUACAACUGUCGAUAUCACCAAUGAAGAUGAUUUCACUGCACUCUUGAAGAUCGAAGAGGAAUACGUUCAAAAGAUCUGUAACGAUAUCAUAAAGUUGAAGCCAGAUUUGGUGUUCACAGAGAAGGGUGUUUCCGAUUUGGCACAGCACUACUUUGUAAAGGCUGGUAUCACUUGUUUGCGUCGUCUCAAGAAGACCGAGAACAAUCGUAUCGCGCGUAUCUCUGGUGCCACCAUCGUCAGCAGAACCGACGAACUCCAAGAGUCUGACAUCGGUACCGACUGUGGUCUCUUUGAGAUCCGUAAGAUCGGUGACGAAUACUUUACAUUCUUGGAGGAAUGCAAGAAUCCAAAGGCCUGCACCAUCUUGUUGCGUGGUGCCAGCAAGGAUAUCUUGAAUGAAGUCGAGCGUAACAUUGCCGACGCCAUGUGUGUCGCUCGUAACGUCGUUUUGGAUCCACGUUUAGUUCCAGGUGGUGGUGCCAUCGAAAUGGCCAUCUCACAGGCACUCUCUGAGAAAUCAAAGUCGAUCGAGGGUAUCUACCAGUUGCCAUACAAGGCCGUCGCUCAGGCACUCGAGUGCAUCCCAAGAGUUUUGGCACAGAAUUGCGGUGCCAACACCAUUAAAUUGCUCACUGAAUUGAGAGCUAAACACGCUGUAAAUCCAACUGAAAACAAUACAUACGGUGUCGAUGGAGACAAAGGUACUGUCGUUGACAUGAAGACCUUGGGUAUCUGGGAUACUCAUGCCGUCAAAGUUCAAACCUUAAAGACCGCCAUCGAAUCUGCAUGCACAAUGUUGAGAGUAGAUCACAUCGCCUCUGCUGUUUCCAAGAAGGGUGACGGACACGGUCAUUAA